AUGCAACAAGAAAGCUAUUCACUCCGAUACUAUCCCUCUCAAUUAACAAAACGAAAAAGAGAAUUGGUUGGAAAACACAAAGUAUCCGAUAUUUUCACAGUCAUCAUCUCUCCUGCUGUUGCCAGAAUUUUGAAUAUAUUUUCCAAAUCAUCAUCUGAAUCACCAGCACAAAAUGUGCACCAUCACAAACAAUUAUUUAUUAAAAUUAAAGAAAUUAAUCAUGAUGAUGAAAAGGAAGAAUUGGUGUUCAAGUUAUAUAUUGAUCCAUCAUUGGGUCUUUUGAAAUCGAAUUUUAAAUCCGAGAGUGUGGACAAGGAAUUAUAUAUGAAUGAAAUUGCAAUGAGGAAGUUUAAAUUUACUGAAGGAACCAAGUUGGAAAUUGUUAAAAUUGGAUUAAAGAGUGAAAUUGAUAAAAUUCAGAGGAUCAUUUUGACACCUCAUUUUGAAGGAGGAUCUGAGAAAAUUGUCAAUUUGAACAAAAAUUGUAGUGGAUUAGCUGGAAUUAAUCCAAUUAGGAGUUUUCUAAUCAGUGGAGCUGGAGGAAAUGGAAAGAGUUCACUCAUUUUCAAUAUUGCUAAAGACUUGAAUGUUAAUAUUAAGAAACUUUCUCCAUCAUCUCUCUACGAGAAAAUAUAUCAAGAGGAGGAAGGAGUUUUCAAUUUAGAAACCCAAAUGAAAGAAGCUGAAAGCCUCUACCCAUGUUUGUUUGUAAUUGAUGAGAUUGAUAUUCUGUUUCCAGAUGAUGAAGAAUCAAAAGACUUAUUGUUAAUUAACCAACUUGUUUCAGUGUUCCAUAAUUUGGAAAUGUCACGAUAUCCUAUUUGUUUGAUUGGUAUUACAAGUCAUGCGGAUAGAUUAGAUUCAUUUGUAAAACAAAAGUUUGAAGAGCAUAUUACCAUUGAUGUUCCAAGUAAUGAUGAACGUUUCGAAAUAUUUAAAUCAUUAUUACUUAAUACCAAACCAAUCACCAUUCAAAUGAGUGAAGCUGAUUCAAAAACUUAUGGAGACGUAGAUGGUUGCUUGAAGGAUAUCAGCUACAACCAUUUCCAUGGUAUGGUACAAGCAGACAUUGCUAUGGUUUGUGCUAAAUGCGUACAUAGAGCCAAUAUUAAUCGUCUGAAGAGUGGAGGUGAUAAAUUGUCAAUACAAAGAGUUGAAAUUAUGGAGGAAUUGAAAGAAAUUGAACCGUAUUCAAUCAGACAAGCUUCGCAAACUCUCACCAUUCCUCAAAUACCAAAGGUUAAUUGGGAAGAUAUUGGUGGUCUUUAUGAGGUGAAGAAAAAACUGAAUGAGAUGAUUGUUUGGCCACUAAAACAUUUCGAGUCAUACAUAAGAAUGGGAAUUAAGCCACCUACUGGUCUGCUGCUCUAUGGACCACCAGGUAAUGGUAAGACUUUAAUUGCAAAAGCUGUUGCCACGGCAUCUAGUUCUAACUUCAUUUCCAUAAAUAUUCCAGAUCUUAUCAAAGCAGAAGUUGGUGAAUCUGAGAAAACCCUAGCAGAAGUUUUUAGGAGAGCCAAAUUGGCAAGUCCUUGUGUCAUUUUCUUUGAUGAAAUUCAAGCCAUUUUUGGUGACAGAAUGGAUUCCUCUAGUGGAGAACAACGUUUAAUUUCUCAACUAAUUUUGGAGCUAGACUCUUUGGAAAGUGCAGAAUUUUCAAAUGAUAAUUCAAGUCAAUCGAAAGGUUGUGUUAUUGUGAUUGCAGCCACAAACGUACCACAUAAAUUAGAUCCAACUGUACUAAGAACUGGAAGAAUUGAGCAUACACUCUAUGUUGGUCCUCCAGAUAGAGAAGCUAGAAAGUCUAUUUUUGAAAUGUCCAUUAAGGGUAUGAGAGUGGAUAGUGAUGUAAUUGAAAGAAUAGGAAAUUUUGUGGAAAAUACUGAAAAAUUCUAUUCAGGUGCUGAUAUUUCAAAUAUUUGUCAAAGAGCUGGUUUGAAUGCUCUCUCAAGAACAAUAUUAUCGAAUAAUGAUGAAAAAGGCUCUAUAAGGGUGGAAGAUUUUGAAAAGGCUCUUCAAAUGAUUUCUCCAUCUCUAAAGCCAUCCCAGCUGAAAUACUAUGAGGAAUGGAAAGUAGAGGAAAGGUAA